CAUUUGGACUCAUUACCUUCGUCUACACGGACUAAAGCUUACGCACAGCCUGAUUAUACGAGUCUACGUUAUAAGCAGUUCUAACCUUUAUUUAUUCAAUAACUAUAAGCUAAUUGUGUCUUAUAGAAAAACUGAAAUCAUCUAGUGCUUAUGAGAUAGAAGUGACAAAUGUGUGUGUUUAUGAAAAACAAUUAAAAUUUUUGGUUUUUCUGCUUAGAAAAUAUGCAUAGCGUUAAAAGAUCAGGUUUGAUGUUAGCGACUGCGACUAAGCAGUUCACAAGAUCAGUUGCAGUCAGCUCGUCAGUCGUCACAAAUGGGGAGAGUAACCUGAAGUCAUUGAUGGAAAUACCCGGGCCUUCAUCACUGCCCGUAAUCGGGCAAUUGCAUCAUUUUAUGCCUGGCGGUUCUCUAUAUAAAACCGACGGCGUUAAUAGUACGGUUAUGUAUGAACGAUACGGUCCCAUUGUAAGAGUGGCCGGCUUCUUCGGAGCGCCAUCAGUCGUUCUGCUUUACGACGCAGAAGCUGCGUCACAGGUGCUUCGCGGUGAAAAUUUGAUGCCAACUCGUCCGGGUUUCAUAUCGCUUGGUUAUUUUCGAAAUAACUAUAGGAAGCAAAAUGGUCUUCCCCCUGACGCACCGACUGGUCUUCUUACAGAGCACGGGGAGAUUUGGAAGAAAUUUCGAUCGACCGUGAACCCAAUAUUACUACAUCUCAAAACUAGUGAACUAUACACCAACUCACUUACAAGAGUAGCAGAAGACAUGAUUGAAAGGAUGAGGACGAUUCGAAACGAAAAAAAUAUGUUAGAGGGCAACUUCGACGUUGAAAUGAAUCUAUGGGCACUAGAGUCUAUCGCUGUGGUAGCUCUCGGUGACCGACUGAACUGCUUAGACCCCAAUCUUCCUGAAGAAUCUCCCGCGAAGAAACUGUUACAGAUGAUCCACGACAUAUUUAAAAUAUCUGAAAAACUGGACUUCAAACCGAGUCUUUGGAGAUACGUCUCAACACCAAAUUACAGAAAGGCGAUGAAGUUGUAUGACGACCAAAUGAAUUUAAGUAAACAUUUUAUCGCAGAGGCCGUCAAAACAUUCGCAUCUAAAAAGACUUCCACUCACGAAAAGGGCAUUUUAGAGAAACUACUUGACAUUGAUGAAUACGUUGCCGUUACGGUGGCAAAUGACUUGAUAUUUGCUGGUGUUGAUUCGACCGCGAAUACCAUGACUGCGAUCUUAUAUUUUCUUGCAAAAAAUCCAGACAAACAGAAAAAGCUAAGAGAAGAAAUUCUCACUGAUAAAGAGAAGCGCCCCUACCUCAGGGCGUGUAUAAAGGAGUCUAUGAGACUGAUGCCCGUUGUGUCAAUCAAUGUUAGGGUCACUACGAAGGAAUACAACAUAUUAGGCUAUAAAUUACCUAAGGACACAUAUGUGGCAUCCAUGCACAAAGCUUUAUGCAAAAUGGAAAAACAUUUCCCGGAGCCCGAAAAGUACAUACCCGAAAGAUGGCUUACCGAAAAAGAUGAUCCACUGUUUCACCGGAACGCACAUCCCUUCGCAUUUACUCCAUUUGGAUUUGGAACUCGUAUGUGCAUAGGUCGGCGGAUCGCUGAAUUGGAGAUGGAAAUCUUCCUCGCUAAGGUGGUCGAAAACUUCGAGAUGGAAUGGUUCGGACCGCCGAUGGAGGCCCGAAUGCGCUCUAUAAACUAUACUAUCGGGCCCUACAAUUUUAUUUUUAAAGACGUAAAUAAAUAAUAAUUUUGAAAAAAUAUUAUUUAUUUACGUCUCAAAAUUAGAAAGUAAUGGAUUUGGUUAUAAAUUAUUAUCGAUGAAUAAUAUUGAUGAAUUUAACGAGAUGACUCGAAUACAUGUAUCUAACAGUCACUUUGUAUUCUAAUUAUAAUAAAGUCAUUAAGUUUUUGUUUAUUGACACGUGUCAACCAAUAAACAGGUUAUUCACAAAAAAUGUCUAAUUAAAUCUUUUUUGGCGACGGUAACUAUUGUAAGCUUAAGUCAAUAUCAAUACAAUUAAUUUUUUUU